AGCCAACCACACAAACAAUGCUGACGUCAACAUUCAUCUCACUCAACUCAAAAUGGCGGACCCGGAGCUCAAUGUAGACAGCCUCAUAUCGCGGCUACUUGAAGUGCGCGGAUGUCGACCAGGCAAAACAGUUCAGAUGACAGAGGGUGAAGUCCGGGGCUUAUGUCUCAAAUCUCGGGAAAUCUUUCUCAGUCAGCCCAUUCUCUUGGAGCUUGAGGCACCUCUGAAGAUUUGUGGUGAUAUUCAUGGCCAGUACACAGACUUGCUGCGUCUCUUCGAGUACGGAGGUUUCCCACCCGAGUCAAACUAUCUGUUCCUGGGGGACUACGUAGACAGAGGGAAACAGUCCUUGGAAACCAUAUGUCUCUUACUGGCUUACAAAAUCAAAUACCCCGAGAAUUUCUUCUUGCUUCGAGGGAACCACGAGUGUGCUAGCAUCAACAGAAUUUAUGGCUUUUAUGAUGAAUGUAAAAGACGUUUCAAUGUCAGAUUAUGGAAGACUUUCACAGACUGCUUCAACUGUCUACCGAUUGCUGCAAUUAUUGAUGAGAAAAUAUUUUGUUGUCAUGGUGGUUUGUCUCCUGAUUUACAGACAAUGGAACAGAUCCGACGCAUCAUGAGACCCACAGACGUGCCAGACACAGGUUUGCUGUGUGAUUUGUUAUGGUCAGAUCCAGACAAGGAUGUACAGGGAUGGGGUGAGAACGACCGUGGUGUGUCGUUUACCUUUGGGGCAGAUGUGGUCAGCAAGUUCCUCAACAGACAUGAUUUGGAUCUCAUCUGUCGAGCCCAUCAGGUUGUGGAGGAUGGCUAUGAGUUUUUCGCCAAGCGUCAGCUGGUCACACUGUUCUCUGCGCCCAACUACUGCGGAGAGUUUGACAACGCCGGUGGGAUGAUGUCUGUGGACGACACGCUCAUGUGCUCUUUUCAGAUUCUGAAGCCGUCUGAGAAGAAGGCCAAGUACCAGUACGGAGGGUUGAACUCUGGUCGACCAGUGACGCCUCCACGGGGACCACAGCAGCAGAACAAGAACAAGAACAACAAGAACUGAGGCUGUCAUUGUCAGCUAGUGCCUUUGCUCGCUCUCACAAUUUUUUCCAUCUCCACUCCGCCCCCUGCCCGUCAGUCACUGGUGCUUUUGCGACAGGAUAAAAAGUCAGCUUAUAAAAAGACUGCAAAGACUGCCUCCUCCCCACCAAACCCUCCUCACAAACAACACUAUCACUUUCUCCCACACUUGCAAGCUAUACCAUUGUUCUUCUCUUCCUUAACAACUCAAACACUUGAGAGUUGAUGAGCAUCACUGUCUUUCAACCCCCUUCUUUCCCCUUUCUCCCCCCUCUCUCCUUCCCUCCACUGUCAAAUCCCCCCCCCCCCCCUUUCCUUUCCUCUCUCUCUCUUCCCCUCUCUGGCUCACUCUAUCCAUUCAUCCUCUCUCACACACACACAUACACACACACACACACACACUCGCAUGCACGCUCAAACAGACACAUGCAAUUGCACUCUCACACUUCCUGGUGUUGGAAUACAUACAAGUUACACACACGCCUACACACACCCACACAAACUCCAGCAAGGACUCUGGUGACUGCAGGUAUUAGAAGAACAAGUAUCAUGAUCAAGUUUGUUCACCAUCAGCGAGUCUGGUUGUCUCCAUUUUAAAAUAUUUUUUUUUUAUCUUGCCGCGAUGUUUCCUGCGCUCCGCCAUCUGGUCCCAGUGACUUUACAGCACACAGGCGGAAGGGAGGAGCUCAGAACACCGUUAUUGACUACCGCUGUUGUCGUAAUUAAGUUCUGACUAUUUAUUAUGUUUGUCUUGACGGCUUCGUAACACGCGCGUUUUGUCUCUCUUUUAAAAAAAUGUUUUUGGUGUGUUUCUCUAACAAUUUUUUUGUUGCUUUUUUGUUUUUGUGAGUACAAUUGGCUGUCUUUCUCAGGUUGGGACCUCUGAGAAUAUGAGGCAGAUUGCAUUGUCAUUGUUGUUUUAUGCAAUAUGGAGAAUGCGGUAGGGUUGCUUGGAGUUUUACACCAACUCACACAUGUAGGCCUACUUCAAAGUCACACAAACACUCCUUCACACAGAUAAAAAAGCACGCAUGGGUAAACGCCUUGUGGGCACACUGGUGAAGGCAAGUAUGCCUUCAAAAUGACAUCCAGUCUUGUACAGCUAGCCGUGUCAAACAAAUAAAAGGGUACAUUGUGUGUAUUGGUCUGAAGACUGCCCAUUGUUUUUCACUCUUGUAGUGUGUGCUCUUUCGAUGACGACGUAAAAACCUAACCUUCUGAAAGGGAUUCUGUUGCUGUCACUUGGUUCUCUCUUGAUACUUCAGACAAAUUUGCAGUGUCUAUAUUACUAUGCUCGAAGGUUGAUGAAUCAUUGUUUCAUAUUUUUUUUGUGCUGUUGGAACUAAUCUGUUGCUCGGAGAAGGUUCUGAGAAAUUUUGAAUCUUGGCCUCAUCUCAGAACCUUUUACAACAGCUUUUGUUCCUCCAAGUGCUUAUCUAGUAAUGACUAAACGAGCUGAGAAAUUAUGUUGGCUCAUGAUUAUUUAUUAUCAUAUAUAUAUAACAUGGAAAAGUAUGAGACAUUGUGUACUUUUUCUGUUAAAAAUGUUCCUGUAGGUUGUUAGGACUUUAAAAAAAUUUUGUUUUGCACCCAUAAUGUUACAACCUGCUACUUAUACUUGCUGAGAAAAAAAGAAAGUAUUGAAUUGACUUAAACUACCAUUAUCAAUCCCACAUUAUUGAUGCUUGUGAAUCAUUUUUAUACCACCAUUGUUUGUUUGUACAAUAGUGACAGAUGUUCUGUAUGUUGAUGUGACGCAGUGUGUGUGAAAUAAGUUUGAGUGCGAUUAUUUUUCAACAGUGGUUUAGCCCUUGGGUCACUUUUAUUUUUGGGUGAAACAAUAACAUUUUGUUUAAAUAGUGGUCUUGUGUGAAUACAAUUCUACAAAUUCUAAAGCAGAAUGUAGGCCUACCACAUUUGACCCUCAUGUUGUGACAAAGGUUAAUGAAGCUGCUUUUUGUUGAUCCUUCUGUAUGUUCAUAGUAAUAUUUGUGAGCAUGACGUCAGUCACUGUAAUAAAGCUGUGUUAUAUCAUCCACUGGAAAACCAAAAAAAAAGAAGUUUUUUAAGAUUUGUAUGUUUUGUUUGUUUUAAAAAAUUUUAGUACAGGAUGUUUAUAUAAAUUACCGGGAUAGGCUGUCAGUGUAAUAAAUGAGAAAUAUCACACUGCGCACUUUGCAGCCGAGGUGACCUUAUCAAGAAUAUCUUUUGUUUUAUUUCAAUUUCUGGUGACACCAGGUUUGAAAUUAACGUAUGGCGGUAUCUAUUUUUUGUAGUGUGCUGAAAGUGUCUGGGUCAGGUUCAGAGUGGGGGUGUCUUUUAUUUUUGUUGGUGCAAUAUCCUGGCCAGAGAUAUAAUGUACAUGGGAGUGAGAUCACAAACUGAAAUGUGUUGUUAUAUUGAAGAGACUUUGAUUUUCUGAUAUGUGCUGUCUGUCAUGCUGACUCCUCUCAGUCUCUUGAAGUGACCUUGACUCUUAUGUACUUGACUCAUCUAUUAUCCCUCCUGAAGCGAGUGUGACUGAUUUUGUUGUCCAAAAAUGACCUGGACAAGUGUGUCUUUGACCGACUGACUGUAGUACUGUACGUCCAGAGUGAUAGUGGACACGCGUGUCUUGUCACUACUGGCUGACUGCCUCUCUUGGUGGCUAAGAUCUUUGUUUUCUGGAGUGUGUAUGUUGUGUUGUUGUCGUCGUGUGAUUACUACCCGAAUUGUUUGUUUGAACUGUACAACACAGGGGGGAAGAGUUGGCUCUGGUUGGAUUCUUGUCAAAAUAUUCAAAUGGGCGCUGGUGACUGCUUAUUCUCUUAAAGCCUAUUGAUGAAGUGGUAUAAUCUUAAUCGUAUUGUCGGGGACUGAGAAGUGUAGGCCUUCUCAUAUUUAAGGGGAGGAGCAAAACAGCUGUGACCUCUGUAUGCAAACGUGCUGGUGUCAUGCCAAACGAUGCUAUUGAUAUGCAACUGUGUGUCGUGUCGGUCUGCAAAACCAUAUGGCUUGCUCACACGAGAAAAGUGUGUGUGUACAACUUAGUACAAGCCUGUGAAUGUUGAUAUGUUGCUUGUGAUAUUGCUGUAUCUGCUUAUGAGCUUGUGUGUAUAAAUGAUACACAUCCACUCUGCCUUGUCCCUUCUACAAUCAUUUGUGUUCAAGUAUGGAGCCAGCAAGGGCUGGGCUUUUGAAUAUAUAAGCCCGUUGUCGAUUACUCGACAUACUUUUAUCCUCUCUAAGGGGAAGACGCAACUUUUGUCUUGUGUACGAUUUCUGAAAGAAGUUUGUCUAUGUUACCUGGCAUGUGAAUGAAAUCUUGUGUCUGCAAGGAAUAUUACCAAAUUAUCAAGUUCUGACAGGGAGUGUUAAAAAAAGGAGAGAAAAAUCUUGUUGACUUGCCUUGAGCUCGUAGGAAGAGGGUAGUCAAAAGUUGAAACAAAAGUGCCCCAAUUUUGCAAAAUUUGAAGAAGUGGUCAUAUUUUGGUUGAUUCUUUCAACAAAUUUAUGAGUUAACUAUUUUAGGUCUCUCAGAACCUACUGUUUGAGCUACGGGGGAGGGGGGGGGGGUGUAAGUGUUUUUAGCUCCAUUACCAAAACUGGAAUGCGAUUGCGCUUUGAGUUGUUGGUACAAAUUUAUUUUAAAAUUUAGUUUACUAAAAAGGUCUUUUGGUUAAGACCACCUUGUUCAACCUGAGAUAUUAAUGUCUGUGCAAAGGUUGCUCUUCUUGAACAACCAUCAUUGUGUUGAAAGGGCUGUUUCAUUAAACCUCAAAAGUGGGUUACCAAAAACCGCUCUACCCCCUAUGUUUUACGAUUAUUGUUUCUUGCAAAAAAACAGAUUUUUAUAGUGCAGGUUUCCUGUACUGUGUGUGGUUUGAAUCUCCAGAUUUUCUUGUCCUACAUAAGACAAACGUCAUGUGUAUGUGUGGAUGCGGUAGUGUGGUGUUUGCAAUGUCCUCUGCGUACGUGUGCGUGCUUCUCUUAACUUUUUCACAUCUAUGCAAUCGCUCUCCUUUGUGCUCUUCCACCAUUGUUGUUCCAUUAUUCAAACCGACAGACCAGAGACAAGUGGUGACACAGCCUACCAAGUUUGACUGUUUACGUCUGUCACCUGUAUCAAAGAAUCAAAAAGGGUUUUUAAAAAAAAUAUUCUUUGUGUAUAAUAAUAUAAUGCAUGUUUUGUCUACAGUAGAGAGCUUUGUCUACCCAUUAACUCACUCCACCUGGCCCCAGUGAUUAGAUUAACAGAGCUCCAUGCUUACCAUUACAUCCAUGACUUUUCUUUUCCUUUCUCUCAUUCAUCGUUUAUCCCCUCCAUUUUUCUGUUUCUUGGCCUAUUCCUGUCUUUGUCAUCUUAGUCCUGCGAGUGACUUAUCGUUUAAUAAAUGUAGGUUCUGUUCUGUCGCAGGAUCCUGUGGCAAACGCUCUUUUGAUUUACUGUGAAGUGUUUGAGGUUACUGUUGUUUUUUUACUGUUUUGAUUGGUCAGCAGUCUGAAGAAGAUGACCCGCCUUUCAAACCACUCCAAGAAAAGGCGUUGACUGGGUUCUAUGUUUUCAGUCUGCUAUGAUCUUUAGAUGUUUAUGUAUUUAUUUAUUUUUGGGGGACAGUGUGGAACUUUGUACAUUUUCUUCCCGACAAUGCGUAAUAUUUUAGGUCAGCUUGCUGUAGUUUUUAUAGUUUAUGUUAUGUGUGCCGGUCAAAGUAGCAGAAAACUAUAUCUCAGAAGAUUGACGGAGGCAAGUUUUUUGUCCUGCUCAUGGGUCUGAUGCCUGCUUCGAUGAUAGACGGGUGUUGUAACCUUGCGUUUAGUUUGUUAGUUUUUGGCUCUGGUGAGUUGGCCAGGUCUUUUAUUGCAUGCGGAGGGGUUGAGCAGUUAGCUGCCUGGUCCGCUGCUCACUCCCUCGCUCCUCCCCCCAAGUCGGAUGUUGUGGUCAGUGCGUUGGAGUUUCUGGUGGUGUCCACACGUGAUGUACAUUGUAAAUGAUGCACUUAGAUUUUCGGCCCGGCAGUUGCUCUCUUCACCCCUUGUAACAUGGUAAUUACUUAUAAAUAUUAAUAUAUAAUAAUGUAUUAAAAUUGUGUAAACAUUGGUAA